UUUUUGGACUAAUUAAGGGUUCAUAUUUGGAUUGACAAUGCCCGAACUUUUUUUUUAAUAUUGGGCUUUAGUAUGUGAACUCCAAAAAAAAUGGCCCAACACACGUGCAUUCCGUAUUGUCAGUUUGGCAGUGCCGAAUGUCUAGGGGCUCAACACGUGGCGUGCUCCUCUUUCCCCGACCCGUGACAAGCUUCCCUUUCCCUUUUCACUUCUCAUGCAUCACUUUAUAGUUUUUAUCUCCCAUUUUCACACUUCUUCAAAGCACCAAACCCCACACCCCCCUCAGUAUUACCUUCCAGGCUUCCACAGUCACGAGCUCAUCACAAACUUCACUCUGAAAAAGAAGAAUACAACCAGUAUUUUACAAUACAAUGUUAAAAAAAACAAAAAUAGGAGAUCCUAACAUCACACGUUCUGAAGACUACAUUAUAGAGUAUCUUGACAAUCUUUUAUAUGAUUAUCUGAACAAUACACUUUUUGGGAUUGUGGGUGAGAGAUAUUAUUUUCCAUAUGCAUCAGCUUAGGCUUUGAAGAGAAUUAGUGAAAAUGCAACCCGCACAAUGGCAAUACUGAGCUCACUCUUCUAAGACAAACGACGUAUUAGCUGUGCAAAGUUCACACAAAUCAACACGAGAUAAAUUGCAUACCUGUUUUCUCCGAACUUAGGAUUGGAUAGUCAGACAAAUCAGGCCGAUAAGAAGUUCAUAAAAGGGGAGGCUACUCUAAGAAUAAGAGGAAGGUGGAUGAAGACUGGACCGACAGAUACACAAGUCUAUCAAACAGAGAAGUGAGAAGUUCUGCAUAUGCUGGAACCAGCCUACAUAAUGUAGACGUUGACACUACAUCAGGUAUGGAAGCAGCUGCUCGAAAUAUUUCAUUGGAACAGCCACAUAAGACUAUGGAGAACAGCAAAAGUCUUGCUUUUAGACCAAGGGUUAACAAUGCAGAGUCCAUACACGAAAAGGGAAAGACCAAAUUACAAACACAGGAUGACCGUCCACUUUUGCUGAACAAAGAAAUUUACAAGGAGGACAAAAGGCAUGCUAGGAUGGAACGAUCGUUGAAGAUAGCUAAGAAGAGGAAGUCCUCAGGUAAUGCAAAUUGUGCGGAAAAGUAUCAUAGAACAUUGAUAUCAGAUGAUAAGGGAACGUUAAUCAACCGAGAAAAAUGUGAUGGAAGAUGUCAGAAAUAUGCAAUGGCAGCAGGAAGCCAACAACCACUAAUCCCACAAGCAAAAGCAAGACAUGCUAGGAUGGAAAGAGCACUCAAAUUAGCUAACAAGAAGCUAAACAAAGUAUCUCAGACUCAAAUAGGAACAAAUUAUACAAUUACAUCCAGCAAAUCUACCAUGGAUUGGACUCCAAUGAAAGAUUCAAGGGAUGGUGCAAAACAUGUCCUUAUAUGUGAACCAAUCACAGAUGCCAAAAAUAAUGUUCCAGCCACAAUGGAAGGGAGAACUAUUUCAUAUAAUUCCGUGGACACCAAUAUGCCAAUACAAGGUGCUGGUGAUCACAGUAUAUUUAGUAGUGGUAGAGCAUCACAGAGAACAAAAUCAGGUAGAAAGGCAAACCAAAGGCGAAACAAAGACGUUAAAAACAAUGAACCUACAAACAACAGUAAGAAGACAUCCCAAAGGGCUAAUAGACACGUAAAUUCUGGUGAACAAACAAAUAUGGAUUUUGCAGAGUAUUUGCACAUGGGAUAUGCAAUGUAUGAAUGUGAACAUUGUGCUGCUCUCUUUUGGUACGAUGAGAGGUCAAAUAAAAAUUACAACACAGCGGAUCCUAAGUUCAAUUUAUGUUGUAAAGGAGGGCAGGUGCAACUUCCACACCUACCAGAAGCCCCUAACGUGUUGUAUGAGUUGUUGUUCAAUAAUACUCCCAAGAGCAAGCAUUUUCGAGAUAACAUCAGAUCAUAUAAUAGCAUGUUCCAGUUCACAUCGAUGGGUGCAAAGAUAGAUCGUGGUUUAAAUACUUCCAGAGGUCCUCCUACAUUUACACUUUUUGGGGAGAACUAUCAUUUAAUGGGAAGUCUCAUACCGCCAGAAGGAAACGUGGCAAAGUUUGCCCAAUUGUAUGUUUUUGAUACACUAAAUGAGAUCAAAAACCGCUUGGCUGCUAUCCGGGGUGAAGAUAAAAAAGAAAUACAUGAAGACAUUGUGAGAGACUUAAAGAAGAUGCUAGAUGAGAGAAAUGUAUUGGUGAAGGCGUUUCGCAUGGUUAAGGAUUCGGUCGCUAAAGAUUCAAAUACCACAGUCAAGCUCAGAUUAAUCGGCAAAAGAGAAAAAGAUGGUAGAAGAUACAACUUGCCUUCAACAGAUGAGGUCGCCGCAUUAAUUGUGGGUGACUUUGAUAUAGAUAAGACUGAUAGGGAUAUUGUCGUCGAGACUCAAAGUGGAAGAUUACAAAGGAUCAACCAACUCAACCCAGCUUACCUGGGAUUACAAUAUCCUUUGUUAUUUCCUUUUGGAGAGGAUGGAUACAAAGAAGAUAUACCUCUCAAUAAACGUUAUCAAAAUGGUGGGAAAGGGCGCCAGGAGGUGUCAAUGAGAGAAUUCUUUGCAUUUAGAAUACAAGAAAGGUUAUUUGAUGGUUCCCCGUUGUUAUAUUCAAGGCGACUCUUCCAGCAAUUUUUGGUUGAUGGGUAUUCGAUGAUUGAAUCCUCUAGGUUAAACUAUAUAAGGCUUGAACAGGAGAAAUUCAGAUGUGAGAUGUACAAAGGAAUAAAAGAAGCAGUUUUGAGUGGGGAAACAACACCGUCAUCGCGCGGCAAACGUAUUGUAUUGCCUUCAUCAUUUACAGGAGGGCCAAGGUACAUGAUUCAAAACUAUCAGGAUGCAAUGGCAAUUUGUAAGGCGGUGGGUUAUCCAGACCUCUUUAUUACAUUCACAUGCAAUCCUAAGUGGCCUGAGGUGGAAGACUUCCUUAAGAAUAGAGAAUUAAAUGCAGAAGAUAGACCUGACAUAGUUUGCAGAGCAUUCAAGGCUAAACUGGAUAUAUUGAUUAAAGACAUCCGAGCAAACAAAAUUUUUGGCAAAGUUUGUGCAGUUGUAUACACCAUCGAAUUUCAAAAAAGAGGACUACCACAUGCACAUAUACUAUUGUUCUUACAUAAGGAUGACAAGUAUCCAACUGCUGAGGACAUUGAUAAAAUCAUCUCAGCUGAGAUACCGGAUAAGGAGUUAGAUCCUGAAUACUAUGAAGCUGUGGAGAAGCACAUGAUGCACGGUCCAUGUGGGAUGGCUAGGAAAGAUUCACCAUGUAUGGAGAAUGGUAAGUGUAUACGUCGCUUCCCCAAGAGAUUCGUUGAGUACUCAACUGUCGAUGAUGAUGGGUAUCCAGUCUACAGACGCAGGGAAGAUGGAAGGACUAUAAACAAGUCUGGAGUUGAUCUUGAUAAUCGAUAUGUGGUUCCACAUAACAGGCUACUAUUGAUGAGAUAUGGGGCUCACAUAAAUGUUGAGUGGUGUAACCAAUCAAGAUCAAUUAAGUAUUUGUUCAAGUACGUUAAUAAUGGCCAUGAUCGUGUAACAGCUUCGUUCUACAAGAGUGCCACAGAGAAUGCUGACCUGGACGAACACGACGAAGUCAGCAUGUACUAUGAUUGCAGGUACAUAUCUCCCUGUGAGGCCGCCUGGAGAAUCUUUGGUUAUAACAUACAUUAUAGAGAUCCAUCAGUGGUAAGACUAGGGUUUCAUUUACCCAAUGAACAAAACGUGGUAUUUAAAGACCAUGAAAACCUUGAUGAUGUGCUGAGAGAAACAUCCGUGAAGGAAUCCAUGUUCCUAGGAUGGUUUCAAGCAAACAAGGAUUAUACAGAAGCAAGAACACUGACGUAUGCAGAGCUCCCCACUAAGUUUGUAUGGAAGGCAAAAGAAAGAGUAUGGUUGCCCCGAAAAACACAUUUUGUGAUUGGAAGAAUUUUCUAUGUGCCUCUAGGAUCAGGUGAAAGAUAUUAUUUAAGGCUUCUACUCAAUUUCGUCAAGGGACCAACUUCUUUUGAGGAUAUCAGGACUAUAGAUGAUGUGGUCUAUGCUACUUUCAAAGACGCCUGUUAUGCACGUGGCCUUUUAGAAAAUGAAAAGGAAUAUAUUGAGGCGAUCGAGGAAGCCAGCCAUUGGGGUUCAGGAACAUAUUUGAGAAAACUCUUUGCGACACUUUUGUUUUCAAAUUCGAUGGAUACACCAGAACAUGUUUGGCAAAAGACAUGGACUCUAUUAUGUGAUGACAUACUUCAUAGGCAGCGAACACUUCUGGACAAUUCAGAUUUAGUCCUUACUGAAGAUGAGUUGAAGGAGUUGACACUAAUAGAAAUUGAAAAAAUUCUGAACAGCUAUAACAAGAGUCUUAGGGAUUUUCCACCGAUGUCAAUUCUGGAUAUGAGUCAACUUAAUAAUCAAGUGUAUGUUGAUGGGAUGAAUAGGCUAAUUUGUGAUGAGCUCCGAUAUGAUAGAAGACAACUAGCUUUAGAUCAUGCUUCUUACAUGCAACAACUAACUGACGAGCAAAGAGUUGUGUAUGAGCAAGUCAUACAAGCAGUUCAAAGCGGCAAAGGGGGCGUAUUCUUUUUGUAUGGUUACGGUGGAACAGGAAAAACUUUUGUUUGGAAGACAUUAGCAUCUGCACUGAGAUCAAGAUCACAAGUUGUACUAACUGUUGCAUCAAGUGGGAUUGCAUCUCUUUUACUACCCGGUGGACGGACAGCACACUCACGAUUUGCAAUCCCACUCAAUUUAGAUGAAUGCUCAACAUGCAAUAUAAAACAGGGCAGCGCAUUAGCUGAUUUGUUAAUAAAGACUAAGCUAAUUAUUUGGGAUGAGGCUCCUAUGGUGAAUAGAUUUUGUAUUGAGGCACUUGACAGGACAAUGCGUGAUAUAUUAAGAUUCAGCAAUCCAAACAGCCUUGAUCAGCCUUUUGGAGGGAAGACAGUGGUCUUCGGUGGUGACUUUCGACAAAUUCUCCCAGUAAUUCCUAAAGGGACUAGACAAGAAAUUGUUAACGCCACUAUAAACUCAUCGUACAUAUGGGAUAGUUGCAAGCUGUUGUCAUUGACCAAAAACAUGCGAUUGAAAGCAGGUGACUCCCACACAAACUCAUCCGAGUUAAAAGAGUUUGGUGACUGGAUACUAGGUAUUGGUGAUGGUAGCCACGGAACACCAAGAGAUUGUGGUGAGAGGAUUGAAAUCCCAGAAGACAUCCUGGUUAAGGAUUGGGAUGACCCAAUAGAGACGAUCUGUAAGGUAACAUAUCCAGAACUAUUUUGCGGGAAAAAUAUUGAUGAACAUAUUGAAGAUAGAGCGAUACUAGCACCAACAUUGCAAAUAGUUGAUGAGAUAAACAACUACAUGAUGAGCUUAAAUUCUACUGAAGCACAAACAUAUUACAGCUCAGACAAGGCAUGCCCAACAGAAUCCAACAAUGACUUAUUGGCAUCCAUACACACACCAGAAUUCCUAAACACAAUCAGAUGUUCAGGAAUUCCAAAUCAUGAGUUGACAUUAAAGGUUGGAACCCCUAUAAUGUUACUGAGGAAUAUAGACCAUUUUGCAGGAUUGUGCAAUGGUACCCGCCUGGUUGUCACUAGGCUUGGGAAACACAUCAUUGAAGCAUGUAGCAAGGUUGGAAAGAACAAAGGUCAGAAGGUGUUUAUUCCUAGGAUGACUCUAAGCCCAUCGGAUCAUCGAAUUCCAUUCAAGUUCCAACGGAGACAGUUUCCUAUAAUGGUGUCUUACGCAAUGACUAUAAAUAAGAGCCAAGGACAAUCAUUGUCAAAGGUUGGUUUAUUACUCAAAAAGCCUGUUUUUACUCACGGCCAGCUUUAUGUCGCAGCAUCUAGAGUAACAAAUAGGCAAGGACUGAAGAUACUAUUGUGCCAUGAUGCUAAUAACCGAACAGAGACAGACAAUGUCGUAUUCAAAGAAGUUUUUAGGAAUGUUUGUUGAAGAGGGCAUCUUACAACAAGAAAGUUGCUUAACUCCGUGUUAAUUUUGCAUUAAACUGAGGCGAAAUCAUCGCAUCAAAUAGGUACUCCUUUUGCUCUAGUGUAGACUAUUUAAUUAUGCAACCUUUAGACACAUUUAUGAUAUUUAAGUAACUAACUCAGGCAUGUAUCACUUAAAUCUUAAUUUGAUAUGACAGAAUUUACCUGGUAGAAUGAUUUCCCUUAAAAUUUGGAAUCUUUUAACAUCCUAUCCCAACUGACCUGAAAAAACUAAUAAUCAUUAGCCAAAACCUAGCCAUGAAUUGUCUUAAAAAAAUUUAUUAGUUUACAACCAUAGUCUUAUUAAUUAAUAAUCAAUCUGAAGCAACAACAUAUCCUUUUAUUAAUCUUCUAUCAGCAGGCGUGAAAUUCAAUAGUAGAAUUUUGGAUACAGAGGAUUUUGCAUUUCAUCACAAAAAAUGGCAAAGGAAAAUGGAAUAACAUUAUGCAGAAUAUAAACAAAGUUUGGACUAUAUUCAAAAAUAUAUAAGUAAAUAAAUUGAUACUCACC